AAAUAUAUUUAAAGAACGACACCAAAUUUAGAUGUGUGCGUUAUUUGUAGCAAACACGUAAGAGUAAAAACCGACAAAAAGUAAUAAUACUACUAAUAGUGUAUUGCAGUCGCCUGAAAACGCUAAAAUGUUGCUUUGCUGAUGGAUUUCUCCAGGGGAGUCUGGUGCGGGGUCGACUCGGCAGGGAGCGCCGACCCUCACUUCUUGGGCAGACAAUCCACCAAGAUGAGACCUGAGGAGAAUCGCAAUGAAGAGAGGAAAAUAAAGAAAAAUAAAUCCGAGGGCAAAAAACCCAGUGCAGAGGAGCUUGGAUCCCGAGCUGACACUUCAAAGAGUAAAAAUAAAAAACAGAAGGAAACUGGGAAGAAAAAGAAAGAAAAAUCAGCAAAGGAACAGAACAAGUCAACAACAUCUCAUAGCGCUGACACAGAAAUGGAAGACUUUGUGAGUGUUGCAAAAGGGAUCGUUAAGGAGGAACCAGAGUACCCUGAUUUCCAUUCGGACAGGAAGAACCGAGUAAAGAAGAGAGCCAGAGAGGAGGAUCCCCAAGAGGAGACACUGGUGGCUAGAAGAAAAAAGAAAGUGAAGACAGAGACUGAGGAGAGAGCAGAGAAGACAAAGAAAGAUGUGAAAGUAAAGAAAGAAAAGAAAGUGAAGGAGGAGCCGCAGAUUGCAGCAGGGGGAAAGAGAAAGAAAACUAAAGAGGAGAUUGAAGCUGCGAGAGCGUUGAAGAUUAAAAAGAAAGAGGAGGAAGAGCAGCAGCGCUGGAGAUGGUGGGAGGAAGAGAAGUAUGAAGAUGGCAUCAAAUGGAAGUUUCUGGAACACAAGGGGGCUUAUUUCCCGCCUGAGUAUGAACCUUUCCCGGACCACGUCAAGUUUUAUUAUGACGGGAAACCUAUGGCUUUGAGCUUGGCAGCUGAAGAAGUGGCUGGUUUUUUUGCUCACAUGUUGGAUCACGAAUACACAACGAAGGAAGUGUUUAGGAAUAAUUUCUUUACGGAUUGGAGAAAGGAAAUGACCCUGAAGGAAAGGAUGAUAAUCACCGACCUGGAGAAGUGCAAUUUCAAUGAAAUGUUCGAAUUCUACAAAAACAAAAUGGAAGCCAAGAGAAAUAUGAGCAAAGAGGAAAAGCAGAAAAUAAAAGAGGCGAAUCAAAAGAUAGUGGAGGUGUUUGGGUUUUGCUUAAUGGACCAGCAUCAGGAGAGGAUUGGGAAUUUCAAGAUUGAACCUCCAGGACUCUUCCGAGGGAGAGGAGACCAUCCCAAACAGGGCAAGCUGAAGAAGAGGAUCCAGCCAGAGGACGUCAUUAUCAACUGCAGCAGAGAUUCGAAGAUACCCGAGCCCCCAUUAGGGCACAAGUGGAAAGAAGUUCGCUUCGACAACACAGUGACCUGGUUGGCCAGCUGGACGGAAAACGUACAGGGCUCCUGCAAAUACAUCAUGCUCAAUGCUAACUCCAAGCUCAAGGGAGAGAAGGACUGGGAGAAGUACGAAGUGGCUCGAAACCUGAAGUCACGCAUUGCGGCAAUCCGGGAAAAGUACAAACAAGACUGGAAAUCCAAGCAGAUGGUAGCCCGCCAAAGAGCUGUAGCACUUUACUUCAUUGACAAGCUGGCUUUGAGGGCGGGUACAGAGAAGGAAGAGGGGGAGACGGCAGACACUGUGGGUUGCUGCUCCCUGCGGGUGGAGCACAUCAAACUUUACCCUGAACUUGACGGACAGCAACACGUGGUCGAGUUCGACUUCCUGGGUAAAGAUUCCAUCCGCUACUACAACAAGGUGCCUGUGAAGAAAUCGGUCUUCAAAAAUCUGAAGCUAUUCAUGGAAAACAAGCAAGGUGAUGACGACCUGUUUGACAGACUGAAUACAUCACUGUUGAAUAAGCAUCUCAAUUCUCUGAUGCCAGGCUUGACUGCAAAGGUUUUUCGAACAUUCAACGCCUCCGUAACUCUGCAGCAACAACUGAAGGAGCUUACGGACUCAUCAGCCAACAUGCCUGAGAAGAUCCUGUCCUACAACAGAGCUAACAGGGCGGUUGCAGUUCUAUGUAACCACCAGCGGGCGCCGCCAAAGACCUUUGAGCAGUCCAUGGCAAACCUGCAGUCGAAGAUUGAGAGCAGAAUGGAACAGCUUGCCCUGGCUAAGAAGGAACUCAAGCUGGCCAAGAAAGAAGCUAAGAAGAGCAAGGAUGAUAAACUCCAAACAGUUCUAGAAAAGAAGAAGAAAUUGGUCCAGAGAUGUGAAGAGCAGCUAAUGAAACUGGAGGUGCAGGCGACGGACAGAGAAGAGAACAAGCAGAUCGCCCUGGGCACCUCCAAGCUGAACUACCUCGAUCCCAGGAUCAGUGUAGCCUGGUGUAACAAUAUGGGGGUGCCUUUGGAUAAAAUCUACAACAAAUCACAGAGAGAGAAGUUUGCAUGGGCGAUCGAUAUGACAGAGUUGGACUUUGAGUUCUGAUCAUUCCUGAUGCACCUCCAUUGGUAUAGCUCUGUACAAGCACUCCAAUAAGACUAUUAGAAAGCGAGCCCUGCAAUACAGUGGAAUACACACUUGUGGUUACUUUUUUUUCUGGUUAAAUCAGCAAUUACCCUUUUCUGUCUUUCUCUCAUUCAUAUAUAUUGCUUUGAAACUGUUAAAAUAUUUACUACUUAUAUACAAAGUACCUAUAUAUUUGUAUGUAGGUUUCCUUUUUAAAAAAUAUAUAUAUUCGGGGCAUGGUAAGAAUGCAAAAAAAAAUUCAGUUAAUGUAGGACAUGAAAUUAGUUAUGUAUGGAAACUAACAUGCAAGGUAAACUCAAGCUCUUAAGGUAACACUAUCUUGCAUGGCAUAAAGUAAUAAAUAGAUAUGCAAUUGUAUAUUAAAUUUACGUUCAGUUAUUCCUUGUUACUUUCCAUUAACAUUUGUCAGAUUAACUGUAUUUUCAAUUAAACGUUAAUAGGAAAUUAUUACAUAUUUUCAAGGGUAACAAAACGUAAUAUAAAUGGAUGUGAUAUGCAAUUACAUUUUCAAUCGACAUUUAUUUAAUAUUUAUUAAAUUUACCAUUAAUAUGCACUUGCAUAUCUAUUUACUAUUAAUUUAUGCCACGCAAUAUAAAGUGUUACCGAUUUUAACUUUUACGGAUGAAAAAUAUGCUACCUAAUUUAAUGGUCAGUAUUUUAAAAUCUGAGGUUUAUAUUGUAAAUGCUCCCAUUUUCAAAAGUCUGUUAUGGUUUCAAUAAAGU